UUUCGCGGGCGAAGGUUGUUUAAUUUGAACAGUAAAAACUACGCCGAUCGCUUGUUUAAAAAAGUUUUAAAACUACUGUUAUAUUAAUAGUACUUUCAUUCACAUCAGAUAAAAUAGCAAUUCGAAGAUUUAUUCUUGUGAACUUUGUGAUAGAAACAGUUUUAAGUUUAUUUAUUAUAGAAGAAACAGUAUUAAAACGUGUGAGUUGUUUUAUGUGAAAAUUGGGGAGUGUUUAGAAAUCUUACGAGUUUUGCGAGUGCUGGACCGGUUUUUCCUGACAAAAAAUAUGCUGCGAAGGAAAAGAAACGUGAAACUAAUACUGAUAACGGUAUUAUCACUCGUUAAUAUUUCUCAUCAAUAUGGCUCCGGAGCACCGCCUUUGGCCUGCGUAGACCAAUUACCACGACACAGCGACAUUCAACCACAGACAUCGGUACCCCCAUACGCCAUAUAUACGUCAGCAUCUCAAGUAAGGCAAGGAGAUGUGCUGAACGUCACCAUUGGAAGUCCAUUUGGAGCACCGGCACCGAUUGGCGGAUUUAUCUUGCAAGCGAGAGGAAUACAAGAUACAGAAAAGAUAGUUGGUAAAUUCACUAAAGUUCCAGACCUUAAUCUCGCCCAAAUCACUAACUGUCGCGGUAACAACGAUACCGUCACGCAUACAAACCCAGAGGAAAAGGCUCCUCUUAGCUUCACUUGGCAAGCGCCUGAUGACUUUUUGGGAGGUAUUGAAUUUAGAGCGACUGUAGCACAAGGUUACGCUACCUUCUGGAAAAAUGUAGAAUCCCCACUAGUCGAAGUGGUCACCCCUGACACCGUGAUCACCACUUCCUCACCUACCGUAUCUACACAGCGAACGACACAAGGACCACCACUUAUUAUGGAGUCUAAGCCAAAAGCAACUCCAACAUCACUCGACAUCAUUUAUCAAGGAUGCGAGGACACAAAACUAUGUUUUGGUAUCCCACAAAAUUGCAUACCAAAUGGAAACUGCAAAGUCAUCGUUGCCAUUUUCGUCGCCGGUGACACUUACACGUUCGAGAUUCAAGGGAUUAACAACCCUAAAUACGUAGCAGCAGGGUUGAGUUUAGACAACAAGAUGGGAGACGACAGUGCCAUGGAAUGCGUCAGGAAUGACAAUGGAAGGAUCAACUUGUUCACUUCCUGGACCUAUCCAAAGGUCGAACCGUACGUCAGAAGGUCAGAUUCACCUCAGGACAUCGUACAGCUUCUAGAAUCUUCGAUGAUAGAUGGGAAAUUGUAUUGCAAGUUCAAGCGGGACACCGUCUCCACGGUAAAGGGACAGACAUUCGAUUUAGCUAAUAAUAUGUACAAUCUGAUGGUGUUGGCCGGGGACUCGAUGAAGGACGCGGCGCGCGUGGGCUUCCACAACGCGGCGUACGAGGCGACGGGCGCGGCGCUGCGGCUGGCGGCGCCGGGCGCGGCGGCGGGCGCGUCCCGCGCGCUGCUGCGCCUGCACGGCUGCUGCAUGCUGGCCGCCUGGCUGGGCGCCGCCUCGCUGGGCAUCGUGCUCGCCAGAUAUUUCAAGAAGACCUGGGUGGGAAAAACACUCGGAGGAAAGGAUAUUUGGUUUGCGUAUCAUAGAAUCCUGAUGGUGCUAACAUGGGUGCUGACAAUGGCUGGUUUCAUCUUAAUCCUGAUCGAUGUUGGUGGCUGGCAGACCACUGGAGACAACCCUCACGCCAUCACUGGUAUUGUCACUGUCGUGCUUUGCUUCAUACAACCCAUUGGAGCAUUCUUCAGACCUCACCCUGGUACUAAGCACCGUCCGUUAUUCAACUGGUUACAUUGGCUCGUUGGAAACUCCGCACACAUUUUAGGAAUCGCGACGAUCUUCCUGGCGGUGUACUUGCAGAAGGCGCAGCUGCCGCCGUGGAGCGUGUUCAUCCUGGCCGCCUACGUCGUGUUCCACGUGCUCGCGCACAUCAUACUCUCGCUGACGGUAUGCGUCUCAGAGGGUCGGAUAAGCAACGGACGAGUGAAUUCGUUCCCUAUGAAGGAUAUGUUGGGCCAUUCCCGACAAGUUACUGCAGUGGACAGAAGUUCCGAUGCACCGUUCUCGGUCUUCAGAAAACAUCUUCUUGGGGUGUAUGCUCCAAUCAUCUUAUUGUUUGUGGUGGCCAUGAUCUGCCUUGUCGCGUUGGCUCCUAUUGGUGAAACCUACAAUAGUUUGAUGGGGGCCUAAAUAUGUAAAUAAACAAAUACAGGGUUCGAAUUUUAUUUUACUCAAAAAUAUGUAUGAAAUUUCCGUCCACUAGUAUAUAUUAAAGAAAUUGUCUAUCAUUUUUUUAUUUCAGUAUUUAUUAAAAUGAACUUUUGUAAAGUAUUUAUUUAUAUGACAAAUUAACAUCAAGACACUGCCAAUUUUUUAGAGUUCUGAUAGAUUUUUUUGUAUACAAUAGAGUAUCCUAAUUUUUAAGUACAAAUAUUGUUUUUGUUAUCAAUCAUACUUAGGCAAAAUCAGAUUAACAAAUGUGUGAAGAUUAUUUAUAUCACUGCUACAUUUUUUUAUAAAAUUUGCGUUAGGUAAGAGAAAAACCAAGUUCAUAUAUUAUGUAACAAUCAUUGCAUGAUGAACACAAAUGCAUGUUUGUAAUCUUGAUUACUGUAAUUAAAAUUAACGAUUAUAUGUAAUCUUGAUUGAAUGUAAUCAAGAAUUAAAAGUAAUCAUGAAUAAUGUAGACAUGAAUAUUUCAAUUAUAUUAUUAAUCUGAUUACAAAAGCAGUUGAUUACGCCCAACUCUCUUAUUGUAAUCUAUAGAUUGACUGUAUUUACAGUAGUUAAAAAAACAUGUCAGGACCAAAAUGUCUUUCUUAUUAUUGCUAUCAUAUCAAAUUAUAAUGAAUUACGCAAAUUCAACUGAAUUAUACGCGAAUAAUUGCACAAUGUUUACCUAAUUAUAUACCUCCAAUAAAGUACCUAAUUCUUUUUUUAAGAUUUGCUUAUUUUUAAUUACAUUUAUCAUUCCUGUUAAAUACAGAAUGUGAUUAGCGUAAGUAUUUUCCCGUAAAUUUACCUUCACCAAAGUAAAAUAAUAAAAGUCCAACCAAAGAUACAGAAAUUUAUUAUGUAUUUCAAAAUUAUUUCUAUAUAACAGAACUCUAAUAAAUAUUUUUUUGGCAAUACCAAUUAUGUAACAAGAAAAAAAAAAACAUUUCGAACAAAUAUCACAAUAUAAGUUACCUGUACCUUAUUGUUAACUUAAGAUAAUAUUUUUGUGUUAAUAUUUAUUGAUACACAACCUUACUAAUAAACAUUAUUUAGCGAGUGAAUAGUUAAAUAUAGAAUUGUCUCUUUCUGUCAACAAUAAUUUUAAACUUCAAAAACAAAGACAAAGCAUUUUGUAACUAUACAACCGCUAUACAACAUUUGUUAGUCAGGGGGCAGUACAUUAAUGGUUAAGUUACAACAUGGCUACUAAUUUAGAUUUAUAUCCAUUAAUCAGCACUAGAUUUAAAACUAAGAUUUAAAUGUUGUUGUAAAUACAGAUUAAAUAAA